AUGCCAGUUGUAUGUGAAUUUCCUGAUAUUUUCCCUGAAAAUCUUUCUGGGUUGCCCUCGGAAAGGGAAAUUGAAUUUCCUAUAGAGUUUAUUCCUGGAACUACUCCUAUUUCUAUAACUCCUUACCGAAAGGCUCCAAAAGAUGGAACUUUUUGGCUUUGUUUUGAUUAUCGGCAACUGAACAAGGUAAUAAUUAAGAAUAGAUAUCCAUUGCCUGGGAUCGAUGAUUUAUUUGACCAGCUAAAGGGUGCUAGGUUGUUCUCAAAUUUGACUUUAGGUCUGGAUGCAUUUGCGGUGUUCAUGGAUCUAAUGAAUCGUGUAUUCAAGCCUUAUCUUGAUCACAGAAGGUGUGAAGUUGAUCAUGGUAAGAUUCAAGCUAUUGUUGAAUGGAAACCGCCUAAAAGUCCAACUGAAAUACGAAGUUUCUUGGGCUUAGCGGGAUAUGAUAGAAGGUUUGUCAACGGAUUCUCCAUUAUAUCCUAUCCUUUGACACAACUUUUGAAGAAGGACGUCAAGUUUGCGUGGGAUGACAAAUACCAAGAGAGCUUUGAAAAGCUCAAAUAUUUAUUGACUAAAGCUCAUAUACUUACUCUACCAAUUGAAGGAAAAGAGUAUGUGAUAUAUAGUGAUGCUUCUCAUUAUGGUUUGGGUUGUAUUCUUAUGCAAGAAGGGAAAGUGGUUGCAUAUGCCUCUCGAAAAUGGAAACCACAUGAGUUGAAUUAUCCAACUCGUGACCUUGAGCUUGCAGCCAAAGUGUUUGUAUUGAAAAUUUGUAGACAUUACUUGUAUGGCGAAAAGUGUCAUAUUUUCACAGAUCACGCGAGUUUGAAGUACUUGGGUAAAGCCAAUGUGGUUACCGAUACUCUAAGUCGCAAAUCCUUUGCUGGUUUAUCUCUAAGUCCUUUGCCUUUGUAUCUUGAAUUGAGAGAAAUGAAUGCUUGUCUUGCAUUUAAAGUUGAUGGUUCUAUUAUUGCUAGUUUGCAAGUCAAGCCAGUUCUACUUGAACAUGUAAAAGAAGCACAAAAGUUGGAUGAGAAGCUUGCAAAACUGCUCAAAGAAGUUCAAAAUGGAGAAAAACUUGAUUUUAAAUUGAGGGAGGAUGUGCUUGAGAGAGUUGGCCCAGUUGCUUAUAAACUAGCUAUUCCACCUGAUUUAGAAAAGAUCCAUAACAUCUUCCAUGAUUCUAUGCUUAAGAGAUACCGCUCAGAUCCAUCUCAUGUUCUUCAUGUUGAAUCUACUGAGGUCAAUCCUGAUUUGACAUGUGAAGAAGAACCUAUUCAAAUCUUAGCGCGCCCUCAUGUAAUUGAGAGACUUCUUGACUGUGGGACAUCCUUUCUUGCUCAGAUUGCUCCAGUCAGGCUUCGAGUUCGCCCAUUUGACCAACUUUUGCUUCCAAAACUUGGAGGUGCUCGGCAAGCUGAUUUCGUUCAGCAACAAGUUGCUUUCGUCCUCAGAAGCAAGGAGGUUUCAGGUGGAGAGGAAGCAGUCGGUGUAGGAGAUGUUGCGAUUGCAGUUGGUGCAAAAGUUGAUGGCAGGAGAAUGUCAGUGGUAGUACUCCUCUAA